GCUCAGGCUGCAGGUUCCCGAAAGCCGGCUGUGGCGGCUGCAACAUGGCGGACGUGCUGAGCGUUGGGGUAAACCUGGAGGCGUUUUCACAGGCCAUCAAUGCCAUCCAGGCGCUACGCUCCAGCGUGAGUAGGGUGUUCGACUGCCUUAAGGAUGGCAUGCGCAACAAGGAGACGCUGGAGGGCCGCGAGAAGGCCUUCAUCGCGCACUUUCAGGACAACUUGCAUUCGGUCAACCGGGACCUCAAUGAACUGGAACGUCUGAGCAAUCUGGUAGGCAAGCCAUCCGAGAAUCACCCUCUUCACAACAGCGGCUUGUUAAGCCUGGAUCCUGUGCAGGACAAAACUCCACUCUAUAGCCAACUUCUGCAAGCCUACAAAUGGUCCAACAAGCUGCAGUACCACGCAGGUCUAGCAUCUGGCCUUUUGAAUCAACAGUCCUUGAAGCGCUCUGCAAAUCAGAUGGGUGUGUCUGCCAAGCGGAGACCGAAGGCCCAGCCAACCACUCUGGUUCUACCGCCUCAGUACGUCGAUGAUGUGAUCAGCCGCAUUGACAGGAUGUUUCCAGAAAUGUCCAUUCAUUUGUCCAGACCCAAUGGCACCUCGGCAAUGCUUCUGGUGACCUUGGGAAAGGUUUUGAAGGUGAUUGUUGUCAUGAGGAGCCUGUUCAUCGACCGCACGAUUGUGAAGGGGUAUAAUGAGAACGUCUACACGGAGGAUGGUAAGCUUGACAUAUGGUCCAAAUCCAACUAUCAAGUAUUCCAGAAGGUGACAGACCACGCCACCACUGCCCUGCUCCACUAUCAACUACCCCAGAUGCCAGACGUUGUGGUCAGGUCCUUCAUGACCUGGUUGAGAAGCUACAUAAAGCUGUUCCAGGCCCCAUGUCAGCGCUGCGGGAAGUUUCUGCAAGAUGGCCUUCCCCCGACAUGGAGGGACUUCCGAACCCUGGAGGCCUUCCAUGACACCUGCCGGCAGUGACCCCAGCCAGCCCAGCUACUGCCCAGCCCGCAGCUCCAGCACCUUCGCAGACCAGCCCGAUCCAUUUAUCACACAGGUGUCUGUUGGAGAACCUGACAGUUCUCCCCGGGCCUGUCUGCUGGCAGAACUGGCUGGCACCCAUCAGCAGGGCGUCAUAGGAGGACGGUCUGUUCCUGCCCUGUGUGCCGGCUUCCCUGUAUGUCAGCCCCAGGGUCUGUGAUUCCCAUGAGCUAUUACCGGACUGAGCCCUUUAUUCUUGGGUUGAGGUUUGUCUGCUUGUUGUUGUAACUUAUUUUUGUAAACAGUAAACCUUUUGUACCCUG